AUGUCCAGGUUGGAAGUCACAGAGACAUUUCAUGGAGUAAUAUAUCCUGGAUAUCUACACAACCAGGAGUCUUUGCAACACGCUGUCACGUUCAGUUUUCAGGACACUGAUAUCCUCAUUGUCUCCUAUCCAAAAUCAGGCACCACAUGGAUGCAGCAAAUGGUAACUCUAAUCUCCAACAGAGGAGAUCCACACGUGUCCCAAACGGUCCCAAAUUGGGCUCGUACUCCCUGGCUGGAGCAUCAUUACAGCGCUGAUCUUCUCCAGACUUUAAGCGGACCUCGUAUUAUCACUACACACCUCUUUCAUGACAUGCUGGGCCACGCCCUCCAGGGCUCCAAAACCAAGGUGAUUUAUGUAAGCAGAAACCCAAAGGAUACUGUGGUGUCUUUUUACCACUUCCACAAAUUGGCCAACUUCCUACCUGAUGGUGGCUCCUUUCAAGAGUUUUUAAACCAAUUUCUGGAAGGCACAGUGCACUUUGGCUCCUGGUUUGAUCAUUUUAAAGGAUGGACGAGCCAGUUAGGAGCCAUGACUAAUCUACUUCAUGUCACCUAUGAAGAGAUGUCAAAGGAUCUGCAUGGUGCCAUCAAGAAGGUGAGCUCUUUUCUCCAGUGCCCCCUAGUGGAGGAGGAGGUGAACAGCUGUGUAAGGCACUGCCACUUCAGCAGCAUGAAGGAGAACAACAUGAUCAACUACACCCUCAUUCCUCAUGAGAUCAUGGACCACAGCAAAGGCUUCUUCAUGAGGAGGGGUGAGGUUGGGGACUGGAGGAGCAUGUUCACAGAGGAGAUGAAUCAACAGUUUGACAAGGUUCUGCAGGAGAAGUUGAAAGGUUGCUGUAUUGCGUUUGUAUGGGAAGUGGAAGAAGAAGAAAUUGAUGAACAUCAUUAA